UCCAACUUCAAAGCAAUCUGGGCGAGAUCUCUCUCUUGACUCGCCAGACUCUCCUUGUUGCCCUCUUAUCGGGUCAUUGUUUCGUUAUAGGAGGCCUUCAUUGCCCUCGGAAUCUCCGCCACUGUGAUAGUCUUUCCGCGCCGAUUUACGGGUGUUCCGAGCGAUAGCGCGAUACGAGGGAACAUUCGUUCAGUGUUUCGGUGGGAGACACGAGUGACAGACGCACGCGACAUUACUCCCCGGCACGGCGAGCUGUAGUCCGAGUCUGUAGUCCGUUCGCUCAUUCUCGCCAUUAACUGAACGCGCGUCGCCCUUCCAAAUGGCGGUCCGAAUGGCGACAGUCAUGAGCGCGUUCGCGUCCGAUCUCCUCGCUCCGCGCGCGCCACCCCCGCCCGCGUCUUCCCCUCCCCCCCGCGCGGCCAUUUCCUCGGCCAGCCAAGUCCGCGGGGAGCCGCUCCGCUCUCCGCCUUCUCGCCGCAUCCGCGCAGGCCUGCGCCAUCUGCACUCGCCCGUGCGCGCAGGGGCGGAAGCGGCGGUGGGGGGAAGCGGGGGAACGGCCGAGUCGGACUGGCGGAAGAAGGCGCGGCCGAUCAAGCCAGGGGGGAACUAUCCCGCCAAGGAGCACUGCAGCCAGUGCGGGCUGUGCGACACGUACUACGUCGCGCAUGUGAAGGACGCGUGUGCGUUCCUGGGGGAUGGCAUGGGGCGCAUUGAGCCUAUGGAGGCGCAGGUGCAUGGUAGAGGCAGGAGGGCGGGCGACGAGGACGAGUUCCACUUUGGGGUGCACAAGGAGAUGCUCUAUGCCCGCCGCACGCCGCCCCUGCCAGGAGCGCAGUGGACGGGGGUGGUGACCAGCAUUGCCGUUGAGAUGCUCAGGACCGGGAAAGUGGACGCCGUCAUCUGCGUGCAGAGCGACCCAUCUGAUCGGUUCGCCCCUCGGCCCGUGCUGGCGAGGACGGUGGAGGAGGUGGUGGCGGCUAGAGGUGUGAAGCCCACGCUCUCGCCCAACCUCAACACCCUUGCUCUUGUCGAGGCAGCAGGGGUGAAGCGCCUUCUCUUCUGCGGUGUGGGCUGCCAGGUGCAGGCAUUGAGGGCGGUGGAGCAGCACCUGGGGUUGGAGAAGCUCUAUGUGCUCGGCACCAACUGCGUGGACAACGGGCCUCGCCAGGGCCUUGAGAAGUUUCUUCAAGCUGCUAGCGACGACCCGGAGACUGUGCUACACUACGAGUUCAUGCAGGAUUAUAAGGUGCACAUAAAGCAUCUGGAUGGGAGAAUGGAGGAGGUGCCAUACUUCUGCCUGCCAGCGUCGGAUCUUAAGGACGUCAUUGCACCCUCCUGCUACAGCUGCUUCGACUACACCAACGGCCUUGCGGACAUGGUGGUGGGGUACAUGGGGGUGCCCAAGCAAUCUGGAGUCGCCAUGACAGACCAUCUGCAGUACAUCACCGUCAGGAACGAGAGGGGGGCAGAGAUGCUUGAUCUGAUUCGCCCGCAGCUGCAAGUCACGCCUACCGUCUCCUCGGGGGAUCGCCGCCCGUUUGUGAUGGAGACGGUGAAGGCGGACGACAAGGCAACAGUGGGAACAGAGAAGCUCCAACCCGCUCCCAGAUUCGUCGGCAACGUGAUUGCCUUCCUGCUGGACCUGGUGGGGCCCAAGGGCCUGGAGUUCGCCCGAUACUCUCUCGACUACCACACCAUCCGCAACUACCUGCACGUGCACCGCGCGUGGGGGAAGGAAAGGGCGGAGCAACACAUUCCCAAGUACGCUAAGGAGGUGGUUGCACGAUACAAUAAGGACGGGGCUAUUAAUAAGCUUUUGGCUAUCGGCAAAAAGUAGGUUGCUAAUUCCUGAUUCGGAAGGGUGUACAUUAAAGAGCUGGAUGUAUGGCUAGUGUUAUUCAAAGGGUGAGAAGAAUUUCUGAAAUGUAAAAUUGAGAAGCAUAGCUCGUAAUUA